AUGGCCACAAACAUCACCUACCACGCCAGCGGCGUCACCCGCAGCGAGCGCAGCGCCCUGCGCAACCAACGCGGCCUCACAAUCUGGCUGACCGGCCUCUCAGCCUCAGGCAAGUCCACACUCGCCGUCGAACUGGAGCACCAGCUCCUGCGCGACCGCGGCGUCGCCGCCUACCGCCUGGACGGCGACAACGUGCGGUUCGGCCUGAACAAGGACCUGGGGUUCAGCGAAGCCGACCGCAACGAAAACAUCCGGCGCAUCGCCGAGGUCGCCAAGCUGUUUGCCGACAGCGCUUCUGUCGCUAUCACCUCGUUCAUCUCGCCGUACCAGGCAGACCGCGACACCGCGCGCAAGCUGCACGAAGUUGCGACCCCCGGCGAGGACUCGGGUCUGCCCUUUGUCGAGGUCUAUGUCGAUGUCCCUGUUGAUGUGGCUGAGAAGCGUGACCCCAAGGGUCUGUAUAAGAAGGCUCGUGAGGGCGUUAUCAAGGAGUUUACCGGGAUUAGUGCUCCCUACGAGGCGCCCGCCAACCCCGAGGUCCAUAUCAAGAACCAUGAGGUCCCUGUCCAGGAGGCUGUUCAGCAGAUUAUUGCUUAUCUGGACAAGCAGGGCUAUCUUCCUCCCAAGAAGGAGUAA